AUGUCUCCUCGUAAACGAGCUCUUUCGUCGGGCGAGACUCGCCUAUCUGCUCGACCCAGCCCUUAUCAUUCUGCUGUCACUUUGGUUGAGGCGGCAAUUGUGGCUGAAUCCUCGAGUUCAUCUGUCCGACGUUCUAAACGAGUCAAGGUGGAAAACAAUCCUCAUCCCGCCCCUGUCAACUGGCGAGAAACCUACGACACAAUAAAAGAGAUGCGCUCCCGAAUUAAGGCUCCUGUUGAUACCAUGGGCUGUGACCAGGCCCAACUGAAAGAACAAGAGCCCAAGAACCAACGAUUUGCCACCUUAGUGUCUUUGAUGCUUUCGUCACAAACGAAAGAUGAAGUCACGGACGCUGCGGUGGCGAAGCUGCGUGAAGCUGUAGGCGGCACAUUGAGCGUCGACGCCGUUCUGCAAGCUGACGACAGUGUAAUAUUCGAAGCUAUCUGUAAGGUCGGCUUCUGGCGGAGAAAAACAGGAUAUAUCAAGAAAGCAGCUGAGAGACUGCGUGACGACUUCGACUCCGAUGUCCCGAAGACGGUGGACGAAUUAUGUUCUCUUCCUGGGGUAGGGCCGAAGAUGGCCUUCCUGGCUUUGCAAGUUGCGUGGAACCUUAAUCACGGUAUUGGUGUAGACGUCCAUGUGCACCGCAUCACGAAUAGACUCGGAUGGCACCGACCACCGACCAAGACUCCUGAACAGACGAGACUGAAUCUGCAAUCUUGGCUCCCAAAGGAGCUUCACGGAGAAAUUAAUCAUCUCCUUGUCGGUUUCGGGCAGACGGUGUGUCUGCCCGUGAAUCCCCUCUGUGAUCUUUGCGAGCUGCCCUCGAAGAUGCUGUGCCCGAGUGCACGGAAGGUUGUCAAGUCUAAGACAAAGAAGGCUGUCCUUGUCCAAGCCGAGUCGGGCCCCAAAGUCGAGAUUGGUAUCGAAGAAGAGAAUACGAUCUUGGAACAGCGCGACGACUCGUCAGAGUUGUCGAGCUCAUAG